UUUAUAUCAAACGUCAUAAGAACUAAAAUCGUAAAUCUCGAAAUUAGUUCACGUUUUGGCCACUUAUUGCUCUGUCGGCACCAGCUGCUCAGACAAGAUUGCAAUCAUGCUGGGUCGUUUCGGGAGUCUGGUACCUGUGGUGGCCCAGAAUGUUCAAAUCCAACAGCAACAGAGGGGCAUGGCCACCCUAAAGUCCAUUUCGAUUCGUCUCAAAUCGGUCAAAAACAUCCAGAAAAUCACCCAAUCAAUGAAGAUGGUGUCAGCUGCGAAAUACUCAAGAGCUGAACGUGAACUCAAACAAGCCAGACCAAUCGGAAGUGGUGCCAGUCAAUUCUAUGAAAAAGCUGAAAUUGCUGCCCCUGCAGAACUUCCCGCGAAACUGCUCAUUGCCAUUACUUCAGACAGAGGUUUGUGUGGGGCUGUACAUACUAGUGUGGCCCGUUUGAUCCGCAAUGAACUCAACAAUGACCAACAAAAUUUGAAAGUAGUCUGCGUUGGAGAUAAAUCAAGGAUGAUUUUACAACGUCUGUAUGGUAAAAGUAUCAUUAUGGCCUGCAACGAAAUCGGGCGUCUGCCGCCUACUUUUAAUGAUGCUUCGAGAUUGGCCGAUGCUAUUUUGAAAUCUGAGUAUGAUUUUGGUUCUGGAGAGAUUGUGUACAACCGUUUCAAGUCUGUGGUGUCUUAUUCUACCUCAACUCUGCCAGUAUUUAGUUUGGCUGCUGUCAAGACUGCUGCAAAACUGCCCGUUUAUGAUUCUUUAGAUGAUGAAGUGAUUCAAUCGUAUUUGGAAUUUUCGUUGGCGUCUUUACUUUUCUAUGCAAUGAAAGAAGGAGCUUGCAGUGAACAGUCAUCUCGUAUGACUGCUAUGGACAACGCCAGCAAGAAUGCCGGAGAGAUGAUUGAUAAACUCACUCUAACAUUCAAUCGUACCAGACAAGCUGUAAUCACCAGAGAAUUGAUUGAAAUUAUUUCUGGUGCUUCAGCCCUUUAAGAUCCUUGUAAUACCAGAUCCUUUAGGUUUAGGUAAGUAAGUGGGAUCUUUUAACUUAAUAGUAAUAGCGCUGUAUGUGAGGGUUAAACAGAAAGAAAAUGUAAGCCCAAAGUCACUGGAUAACAUCAAUCCCAUUUAAUUUCAGUUUUGCUUUUACAUACUAUAAUUGUUACAAAAAUAAAGAUCCAAUAAUUUUAUUGUCUUAUAAAUGAGGUUACAGCAACAUCUAAUAAAAUUUGUAAAGACCCAAAAAUAA